AUGACGCUUCACAUCUGCGCCGAGAACAGCCACAAUAAUGUACUUCGGCUGUUGCUGAAUCAUGGUGCAGAGAUCGACGCAACUGAUUUCGUAGGCCGUACUGCCCUCCACUACGUGACAACGAGGGAAUAUGCUAACUGUGUGUCUGUGAUGCUUGAACAAGGCGCCGACACUGAGCUGACUGAUGAGUACGGGCGGACUCAUUUGCAUGUAGCCAUGGAGCUGGGAUAUGAGGCGGUGGUGCAACUGUUGGUCCACGAAAGAGCUGAUCUUAAUGCUGGUAUCACUGGGAGAAUGCAACAGCAGUCAUAA